UCAUCCUCUUCACCGCUCUGUCCCCGUCGCCGCCUCUCACAGUCUCACCCCUCUCACCGUCUCUCUCUGUCUCGCAGCUUUUCUGUGACUCAGUCUCGGCGUCUCCGGCUCUCCGCCCUCGGCGUAUCCCGCACAAGAGUUCGAGUACAGAAGCGAUUCUUACCAGGUACUCUACUGGCUCUCCAGCCUAACAAGAACAGAUGAGAACUUUAUCACUAAAUCUGGGACUUCAAGUGAGGUGUUGCACUGAUUGCACCAGAUACAUCUCCAAUUAGGCCUGGGCAUAAUAUGGGUUUCACCCGAAUUUUUAUCGGGUUCAACCCGAAAAACUCAUAAUUCAGUUCUAAACCCGGCAAUGUGGCGCCCAUCUCAACAAAUGAGUUCCGUCCUCAAAAGAAAUUAUAAACCAAAAAUCUUAGCCUUUGGGCACAGAUUCAUAUGCUCUGCCAUAGCUCUUGAAACCCCGUCUGUUUUCUCAGAUCAACAUGGACAAAACUGUGCUGUAUCCGAUCAAUGUUGCUCCCUCGAAGAACACAGUAAAUCAACAAACCUCGCCCUCUCUAAAACCAAAAUUCUGCACUCUCGUUUUCUGAGAGCCCACAUUUUAGACAAAGAUUACUCAGCUAUCAAGUAUUUGUUGGAUGGGUACUACAAGUGUUCAAGAAUAGACUAUGCAGUCAAAUUGUUCGAUAAAAUGGCUAUCCCAUAUACGUUUUGCUGGAACCUGAUGAUUUCGGGUUGUAACAAGGCUCUAUUGUUCAGUGAGUCAUGGGAGUACUUUUGUAGGAUGCAUGUGUUAGCUAUAUGUAUGGAUAGGUUUACAUAUGGAGGAGUUCUGUCUGCUUGUGAAGCUUUGCAAUCUGUGGCUUUUGGGGAGCAGGUUUAUGGUCUUGUAAUGAAAAAUGGGUUCUUUUCAAAUGGGUAUGUAAGGUCUGGAAUGAUAGAUUUGUUUGUGAAGAGUUGUAGGUUUGAUGAUGCUUUAAGGGUUUUUUAUGACUUUCAGUGUGAUAAUAUAAUUUGUUGGAAUACAAUUAUAUCAGGAGCGGUUAAAAAUAGAGAAUAUUGGGUUGCUAUAGAUAAGUUUAUUCAAAUGUGCACUGGAUCUUUGAUGCCAAAUGGUGUUACAAUCUCAAGUGUAUUAAAAGCUUGUGCUCAAGUUAAAGAGUUUGAGAUGGGGAAGAUGCUCCAUGUGUGGGCAAUAAAAUGUGGUUGUGCAAAAGAUGACUUUGUGGAGACCGCUCUAAUCGAUAUGUAUGCCAAAGGUGGGUUUAUGAAUGAGGCUGUAAAGGAAUUCAUUCAGAAGCCAGUACGGAACGUUGUUUCUUGGACAGCUAUGAUAAAUGGUUUUGUCCAGAAUGAUGAUUAUGUUUCUGUGUUUCAGUUAUUUGAUGAAAUGAGAAAAAAGGAGGUGGACAUAAAUAGUUAUAACAUCUCCAGUGUGCUCACAGCUUGUGCUAAGCGGCCUAAGCCAGUUAUGAAUAUAGAAGCAAUGCAAAUCCAUUCCUUGAUCUUUAAAGCUGGAUUCUAUCAGGACCCAUUGGUUAAAACUUCUUUGAUCAAUACGUACUCAAAGAUUGGGGCAGGUGAUUUAUCUGAAAUGGUUUUUGCAGAGACUGAAGAUCUCAAGCACAUAGGCUUGUGGUCUAAUAUGAUUUCUGCUUGUUCACUAGGCUGGAAUCCCUCUAUGGCAAUCCAUUUGUUUCAGAGAAUGUUUCAUGAGGGGUUGAAGCCUGAUGAGUUCUGUUGUUCUAGUGUGUUAGGUAUUGUGAACUGUCUAUACCUAGGAAGGCAGAUUCAUAGCUACACUCUUAAAUUUGGCUUAAUCUGUGAUGUUAUUGUGAGCAACUGCCUUUUCACAAUGUAUUCCAAUUGUAAUAGUUUAUUGGAAGCUUACACAAUUUUUAAACUUAUUGAAUGCAAAGAUAAUGUUUCUUGGGCGUCAAUGAUUUCUGCUUUUACAGAACAUGGUUAUAUAGAUAAAUCGAUUCAGUUGUUUAUAGAGAUGCUCUUGGAAAAAAUUAUGCCUGAUGAAAUGACAUUAAGUGCUGUCCUAGCUGCAUGUUCCACCCUUCAGUCUUUGAAGAUCGGUAAAGAAAUUCAUGGCUUUUCUCUUCGAUGCAGAAUAGAUGAGUCGGUCAUUGCUGAUAGUGCACUGGUGAAUAUGUACACAAAGUGUGGAGAUCUAGUUUCAGCAAGGAGAUUGUUCCUUAUAAUGCCCUAUAAAGAUAAGUUUUCAUGUUCCUCCUUGAUUGCUGGAUACACUCAAAGUGGUUAUAUUGGUGAAUCCUUUCAAGUGUUUCAUGAAAUGCUCAUGAAUUAUUUGCAUGUCGAUGCUUUCACAAUUUCAUCUAUAGUUCGCUCUGCUGCACAUUUGAAUCGAUCUGGAAUUGGUACCCAACUGCACGCCCAAAGUAUAAAAUGGGGAUUAGAAUCAGAUUCUUCGGUAGGAACUUCAAUGGUUAUGAUGUAUUCAAAAUGUGGAAGCAUUGACGAGUGCUGCCAGGCAUUUAAACAAAUACGGAAUCCCGAUUUGAUUAGCUGGACAGCCAUGAUUGUAAGCUAUGCUCAACAUGGAAAAGGAGUUGAGGCUUUAAAAGUUUACGAGCUCAUGAGGAAAUGUAACAUCAACCCUGAUUCCGUGACAUUUUCUGGUCUUCUUUCUGCUUGUAGUCAUUCUGGUUUGGUAGAAGAAGGGUAUUUCUUCCUGAAUUCAAUGAAAGAAGAUUAUGGGAUAGAGCCUAAUUACCGUCAUUAUGCCUGCAUGGUAGAUGUUCUUGGUCGUUCAGGUAGACUGAAAGAGGCUGAAAGGUUCAUUUAUACGAUGCCUAUAAAACCUGAUGCUUUGGUCUGGACAACGUUACUUGCUGCUUGCAAGGUGCAUGGUGAAAUUCAGCUUGGCAAGCUAGCAGGUGAAAAGAUUAUGGAACUGGAACAGUGUGAAGCUGGAACAUAUGUUUCUUUGUCAAAUAUCUGGGCAGAUGUGGGCCAGUGGGACGAAGUCUUGAAAACCCGAGGUGCAAUGAGAGGAACUGGGGUAGAGAAGAAGCCUGGAUGGAGUUAUUUAUGAAGCUUUGUCCUAUAAUUCUACGUCCUCAGCAGUUUGUGCGCCUAAUUCCCUCCUUCCAACCAAACGGCCAUAGGCUUAAAAUCGUCUGACAGCUUUCUCUCUAUACUCCUCCCAAAGCCGCCCUCUUCUGCCUUUCUCCGCUGUUCAGCACCACCAGUUCUUACCAGGUUAAGACUGAAGGUGUAAAGGCUUCAAUUUUAAGGAUGGGGAAAGGUUUGAAGAGUGGCGUGGGCAAGUCUGCAUCUUACCAGCUCAGCUCUUCAAGGACAGGGCUAAGAAUCUGGUGGAUGAUCUGCAGGGAUGUUCACUAAUUUGCAGUCCUCGAGGAAAGAGAGCCGGAGGGAGUUUGGGGUUUAACACAUCAGUCUUCUUCGCCCUGUUCACUCUCCGAAUUGAAGCUUUGAAAAUGGCGAGAGGCAAGAAGGAGCUUCUUACGUCGGCCCCAUGGAGCCAUGGAGGGUAGGCCCCGAAGAGGACGAAAAGUUCAAGGACGCAAAGCUGAAGGUUACGAGCCAGCCUGAACAUUCUUAUGUUCAUCUGUAUGAGUUUUCCGGUGGGUGGUGGUAGCGUCUGAACUGGGUCCACCUUGCAAGGUGGACCUGUGUCCACAGAAUAAUUUGUCAUUUUCAACCCUAUGAAAUGGUAUUGCAACUAGAGUUUGCCAAUCAUAAUUUAGGCAGAGCUAUUGCAUAAUUAAGACAUUGACAUUGCCUUAAUUACCGGUGAUAUUUGACCCAAAGAUGUUGAUCUUAUU